CAGUUCAUGGAGACAAUGUACAAUGCCUUUUGGGACCAUCUGAAAGAACAGUUAUCAAGUACUCCCCCUGACUUCACUUGUGCUCUUGAACUUUUAGAAAAGGUUAAAGGAAUCUUGCUAUCACUGCUGUUACCACGCCAGAAUCGCCUAAAAAAUGAGAUUGAAGAAGCUCUGGACACGGAUCUUCUCAAGCAGGAAGCAGAGCAUGGGGCCCUGGAUGUUCCUCAUCUCUCUAACUACAUUCUUAAUUUGAUGACACUGCUGUGUGCUCCAGUUCGAGAUGAAGAAGUGCAAAAAUUAGAGAACAUAACAGAUCCCGUGCAUUUACUGAAGGGUAUCUUCCAUGUUCUGGGCCUGAUGAAAAUGGACAUGGUGAACUACACUAUCCGGAGCCUUCGACCCUACCUGCAGGAACAUUCCAUUGAGUAUGAGCGAGCUAAAUUCCAGGAACUCCUCAACAAACAACCCAAUCUCCUUGAUUACACUACCAAGUGGCUAACCAAAGCAGCAACAGACCUCACCACCCCUCCUCCAAGAUCAUCUGACCCUCCCAGCUCCUCCAGCAUGGCCAGUUCACCUCCAAAUUGGGAAGCUAAUAGCUUAGAGCCCCCCAGUCCCACAAUGGUGCUAUACCAAGGUUAUCUGAACCUGCUUCUCUGGGAUCCUGAAAAUGAAGAGUUCCCUGAGACUCUGCUGAUGGACAGAAAUCGGCUGCAAGAGAUUGAGUCCCGGUUGAACCAGUUAACCAUCCUGGCUUCUGUCUUGCUAGUGGCCAGAAGUUUCUCUGGCAAUGUUUUAUUUAGUUCACCUAAGUUUGUGGAUAAACUGAAAUGCAUCACUAAGGCCCUGACUGAGGAAUUCAACUCUAGGCCUGAAGAGGUUAUGCUGAGUGUGAGUGAGCAGGUGUCUCAGGAAAUCCAUCAAGGCCUCAAGGACAAGGGCCUCACUGCUCUGAAUAGUGACAACGCAGCAUCUCUUAGAGGCCAACUCCAGAACAUCGCCAAGAAAGACAACUGUGUUCGUACCAUCAUUGAUCAGCGGAUCCGAUUGUUUCUCAAAUGCUCUUUGAUUCGUGGAAUGCAAGAGUCUUUGCUAGACUUCCCUGGAGGCCUUAUUCUCAUCGAGGGGGAGUUGGCAGAGCUGGGAUGGAAGUUCGUUAAUCUGAUGCAUCACAAUCAGCAGGUAUUCGGCCCCCACUAUGCUGAGAUCUUAAAAAAUAUCAUCCCUCCAGCUCAGACACAAGAAACAGAAGUGUAG